CAUUCAAGACUUAACGUCCGAAUUUAACCAUUCAAGACAAUUUUUUUUUAAAAAUAGUAGCGAACCAUUAAAACGGGAGAAUGGAAAAGAAACUAUGGCUGAUAAAAUAACCGACUUAAGGGAGUCAAUAAAAAGUGAAAUUUUAAAUGACCCACAAUUGGAAAUUAUCAUUCGAAAUCAGAUUGAAGAUUUAAUAUCCGAAAUCGUUCAAGAAAUUGUUCAGAAAUAUUUAAUGGAAUCUUCUGAUUACUUGAUAAAAAAUAUUAGUGGUCAAGAAAAACGCAAGACGGACGAAAUAAAAAUAAACAAAACAUUAACCGAGUUAAAGGACAUACAGCAAAAUAAUGAUUUUAUUCCUUCUGCUCCGCCACUUCCCCAAACUCUACCAACUCUACAAAAAGCAGAAAAUAAUAUUAAAAACAAAGGUAAGGUUGAUAGACUAGUAGGUCUACCAAUAAAUCUUAUAGAGGAAAUCAAACGUGGCGUGAAAUUGAAGCCGGUAAAUCCAGCGGUUAAAGUAUUAGAAAAACCAAAUAUACAUGACAAAAAUCUUCAAGGAAUGAACCCAUUGGAUAGUACUUAUAUCAUUCCUUCACCACCUCCCCAUACUCUACCAAAGCCAUUAAAACCAGAAAAUAAUAUUAAAAACAAAGGUAAGGUUGAUAGACCAGUAGGUCUACCAAUAAAUCUUAUAGAGGAAAUCAAACGCGGCGUGAAAUUGAAGCCGGUGAAGCCAGUAGUUGCAGUAAUAGAAAAUCCAAAAAUAGACGAAAAUGAUUUUAAAAAAAUGAACCCAUUAGGUAUUGCAAUAUUUCGUCGUCCAAGUAUGAUGUCGAGCAGUUCUAGAUCCGAUACAUCAUCGGAAUACUUUUCUCUAGAUGAAUGGGAUUAACUAAUUAAAAAUUAAUCGAAAAUAAAAACUUGAAUAAAUAAUGUCAAGUUGUAAUUUAUAAGUCAACCGCUCUGGAGCAUAGUAAGAGUGUAAUCGAAGAGUGAUCAAGAUGAGCUGAGGAUACCGGUUUGUCUAAAACGAACAGACAACCAGAUACAAACGGACCAUCUCAUGACUUUGUACUUACUAUGUUUUCAAAACCUGAACCAUUAACCAAUUGCUAACAGCGAUGUUGGAGGUUUUUAAUAGAAAAUUUUAAUUAAAAAUUUAAUAAUAUUGUCCAUGCUAAUAUUUUCGAAUUAUUUUUUUUUUGUAUACAAUGUAUUAUUAAGAUUUUUUCUUGUAAUAAAAAUAGAUAAAAAUGUC